UAAUGGCCGCCACACAACGUGAUGCAGUUAUAAUCUGUCAAAAACAAGAAAAAAGCAAGAAAUAAGGACGCAGAAAAGUGCUUAGUUUACAUUUGUGUAUAGUUUACUUAAGUAAUUAAGGCAUUUCUUAGUUCGAUGUUUUACAACAAUCAUAGCACAACUAAAUAUAUUAUUACUAAUCCAGCAAUUUGUAUAGUCCAACUUCGAUAACAAGUAGUAAAAUAAACAAUGGGUUCGAAAAAACAUAAGAAAGAGUCCAAAAAGAGGAAGCACAGAAGUCGUUCACAAUCCCCUUUGGAUGUUGAGGAACGUGAAAGAAAACGCCACCAUAAGAAACACAAAGACCGCAAGAAGGAUCGCUCACCUGAUGUGGAGGAGGUGCCUGUGGACUCGCACCUGCAGCCCGCAGAGGAUGUCUCCUCCAGCCACAGCCGCAGCCGCAGUUCCAGUGUGCACCGCCACAGCUCCAGAGAACAUGAAAAAGAGCAAUCUCCCGCCCCGGGCGGUGCAGCGCAGGAGAGCCUCUCCAUCGAGGAGACCAACAGGCUGCGCGCCAAGCUCGGCCUCAAACCAUUGGAGGUGACAGAGCAGACAACAGACGACGGUAAGAUAAAGGACGACCUGGGCGAGUUCUACCACAAGCCGGCGGACAACAUCGCGCACCAGAAGAAGGCGGAGAAGCUGCGGGAGAAGCUCGAGGUGCGCCGCGAGAAGAGGAAGCUCGAGCAGAAGUUGCAGACCACGCUCCUGGCGGACGAGUCGGACGACGAGGACGCCAUCGCCUGGGUGAAGAAAUCGCGGGAGAUCGAGGAGCAGAAAAAAGCCGCCGAAAAGCGGGCGGCGCUGCUGGACGAGAUGGACGCGGUGUUCGGCGUGUCUGCGCUGGUGCAGGAGGAGCAGGAGGCUGAGCGCCGGCAGCGGUACUCGCAGGCGCACCUCAAGGGCCUGCGCGUCGCGCACGACAUCGACGCGCUGGGCGAGGAGCGCGAGGUGGUGCUGACGCUGGCGGACGCGCCCGUGCUGGCCGAGGACGCGGAGGACGUGCUCGUCAACGUCAACAUGGUGGACGACGAGCGCUACAAGAAGAACAUAGUGGAGCGCAAGAAAGCCGCGGCGGGCUACCAGGCGUACGACGAGGAGGCGGAGGUGGCCGCCGCGCUGGGCCUGGCGCGCCCGCUGCUGGCCAAGUACGACGACGAGAUCGACAAGGACAAAUCCGACAAGAAGAAGGGCUUCCGCAUCGGAGACGACGACUCCAUCGAAGCCAACAAGUUCAGAGACCUCAUGCGUCAGGAGCGGCUGCCGAACGCGGCGGGGCGGCGGCUGGAGUCGUUGCAGCUGCCGGCGCUGCGCCCCGCCACCGACUACCUGGACGAGCACGAGAUACAGGCCAAGUUUAAGAAGCCCAAGAAAAAGGGCAAGAUGCGCAAGCGGACGAAGGCGGAGCCCAUCGACGUGGACGACUACGAGGCGGGCGCCGUGCCGCUCGACACCGACGACACCGAGGUGCAGCCAGAGCAACUGACGCUGCGGGUGGCGGUGGACGAGGAGGAGGUGGAGCCGGACGGCGAGCUGCAGGCCGCGCUGGCCCGCGCUCGUCGCCUGCGUCUCGCCGAGCAGCGCCACACCAACGUCGUGCCCAAAGUGGAGGAGCUGCUGGAGCGGGUGAAGGAGGAGGCGGAGGAUGAGGAGGCGGGCGGGGCCAUCGUGCUGGACGCGACCGCGGAGUUCUGUCGCACGCUGGGCGACAUCCCCACCUACGGGCAGGCCGGCAACCGCGACCACCACGCCGAGAUCAUGGAGAUGGAGCGCGAGGAGCCGGAGGUGGAGGCGGGUGCGGGUGCGGGGGUGGUGGCAGAGAUGGGGGCGGGUGCGGAUGGUGCUGGCGCCUGGAGCCGCGUGGACGUGCACAGCGAGCGCGCGCCCGACCUGGCCGCCGGGUCGUCGGUGGCGCUGGACGCGGAGCCGGCGCUGGGCGGCGGGGUGGCGGGCGCGCUGCAGCUGGCGCUCAGCAAGGGCUACCUGGAGAAGGCGGGGGCGGCGCCCGCGCCUCGCACCGCGCCGCACCAGCUCGCCGCCAGGCACUACUCCAUCGAGGACAAGAGUCACGCGGGCGAGGACGACAAGUACGGUCGUCGCGAGCGCGGCGGGCACUCGGGGCCGCUGCAGGAGUUCCGCGAGCGCUCAGGCUUCCGGCCCCACGUGAAGCUGGAGUACGUGGACGACGAGGGCCGCCCGCUCUGCCCCAAGGAGGCCUUCCGUUACCUCUCGCACAAGUUCCACGGCAAGGGGCCCGGCAAGAACAAGCAGGAGAAGCGCAUCAAGAAGGCCGUGCAGGAGGGGCUGAUGAAGAAGAUGAGCUCGACAGACACGCCGCUGGGCACGCUGCAGAUGCUGCAGGAGAAGCAGCGCGAGACGCACUCGCCCUACGUCGUGCUCAGCGGCACCAAGCGCGACCACAAGUAGCGCCACGCCCCCACCCCUCACUCUAUCUUGUACUUUUCACUUGAAUUUGAACACCUAAACUUAUCUAACAAAAUAUGUUUUUAUUUAUAUAACUUCUAUACAUACAUAACUUUAAAGCCUAAAAGCCUUCACUCUGAUGUCAAUAUUUUUAGAAUUUCUCGUGAUGUAAAGUAAAUGUAACGUUAGCUAUGUCUUUCUGUUAACUUUGGAUAAUGACACAAAAUAAAUAGAUAUUAUAUGAAUUUGU